AUGUCUUUGGGCUAUGAUAUAAAAACGCUCUCCCCUCCCUGUUAUUGUAAUGGUGAGAGUUUCUAUCCAGACUGUCCAUGGAGGUCUAAUCCCUCAAAGCAGAUCAAGUUCCUGGUGGAUCUCCUGUCUCAAGCAGCAGAGUGGGAGGAGCAGACAGGAGAGAAGACACUGAAGCUGGUAUCAUCAGUGUGUACUUACAGCACCUUUCAUUUUCCCAAUGGACACAAUUCUAAACAGAGUGAUUUCCUGCUGGAUCUGUACUCACAUGUGAAGGACUAUGAGACUCAAACAGGCAGGAGUUUCCUUCCAGCAUUACAGCCAGUUUACCAGUCAGCUCCUGCAGUCUGGUCCAUAGACCUCAGAAAGAGAAAGGCCUCCCUCCUCCUAGAAGUGCUGAAACUCCAACCAGAGAAGAAACCAGUAGAGCUGAAGGGCUGGUCAGAUGAAGAGAGUGAAGUGAGGAGUUUCCUUCAGUGUCUGCCCUACAUCUCACAGCUGAGGCUGAGUGUGGGUAUGACAGUAAAACUGUCCAGACUGGUUAGGAGGACAGGGAGAGGUGCUACUCCACUGACUGUCCCAGAACUCUCCCUGGUCCUAAAGAGCAGCCAGACACCAGAGAGAGUGUUAUCCAGGGCUCUGAGUAGUGUGGCGUCCCUGCUGAGACUCUGGAGGGUUCAGUGUCUGGACCUGACUAACUUCCGGAUCCAGGGUCACUCUCUCAUCACACUGCUGUGUCACCAGGGACCUCUCUCUCUCAGACUGAACUCAGACACUCUGCAGCAGCUGACUGUAGUUGUGUAUGAAGCUCAGGACAAGGACUUGACUCAGUUGUUCCUGGAGAAGGUUGGUGGAGACCUGAUCUCCUGCAGGCUGGACUGGGAAGUGCUUCUCUCUCUGCUGCAGCAUUCAACCCACAACAUCACUGUGGACCUCAGGAAGAACCGGCUUCUAGAGAAGAACAUCUCAGAUCUUCUCCCCUUUCUGGGAAGGGUUACUCUCAAGAGGUCCAGUUCCAGCUUUGUAAAGUCCUCCAUCAGACACAUCUAUGACAGUAGAGACAGUGACUGUGUGUCCAGUUUGUUGAGGUCUUCAGACCAUUGGAUCAACCUGAACAGCAGAGAGCUGGACAGAGUGGACUGUUCUGCUCUGUGUUUUACCCUGCAGCACAGCCACCAAGUCAAAGUCAACCUGCUGUGGACCUCCGUACCACCGGGGGAGAUAGAGAGCAUCCUGCCUCUUCUGGACAGAGUCUCCCAACUCAGUGUUGACAGGAGGUUACUACUGAGUUUCCUCCAGUGCUGUGCUGCCUCUCAGAUCCAGCAGGGGGCACCAUCAUCACCACCAACAGCAGUAUGGCUGCUCAGGUCUUUGCACUACAGGCUGGACUUCUCCUGCUCCUCCUCUGUGGACCUGUCAGCUCAGGACCAGGAGAAGGCUCUGUGUCUGACCACUGACCACUGCAGGGCCAUCAACUCUGUUCUGAAGCAGAACCAACACAGCACCCAGCUGGUCCAGAACCAGGUCCAGCUCAUCCUAAGAGACUGUGAGGUGGAGGACAGAGCACUGAGGGAGCUGCAUCCCAUCCUGCAUAUUGUCAAGCUGAGCUCCAGCAAAGCUCUGCUACUUCAGCUGCUGGACCUUGUGUGUGAGGGGAUUGAAGACGGGCUGCUGAGGCACGCAGAGUCCCUGUGCAGAGCCCUGGAUGGGGAGCUGGACCUCAGUGAGACCAGGCUGGACCAGAAGGCCUGUGGAUCUCUGGCCCUGGUUCUGGAACACUCAGAGGGUCUGUCAGAACUGGACCUCAGCCACUGUCAACUCACAGACCACCACCUACAGCCCCUGAUCACACACCUGCAUAAAGUACAAGUCCUGGACCUGAGCCACAAUGACAUCACUGAUGCUCUGACUGACAGAAUACUCCAACUGGUCUCUACCAACACACCGUACGGUAAACUCUAA